CCAAAUUAAAAAACUGGGAAAAUUUUUGGGGCUAAAAGCGGGAAAUAUGGCGCCAACUCUGUAUAAAAAUGAAGUGAAGCAUUCGAAAUUGAACUUCCGCAACCAUUUUCAUUUUCUAAUUUCUAAUCUAAUGGAUCUUCGCACGCGUAACAUGAAGCGAAAACUCGAUUUCACUGAACAAGAUGAAUUACCAAACAAUCCCCAACGUCGUCGUUUAGAUCUUCCCGCCGAUAUUUCCAAACGGAUUCAUUUCCUCAAAUCUGCUUUUUCAUCAUCCGAUUCAGAUCGUUGCUCUGCCAGAAGUGCUCUCUUCGUUCUCACCGAGUUCGCUAAAGACGAGGAUAUUGUGGAUGUUAUAGUGGAUUGUGGUGCUGUUCCUGCUUUGGUGAAGGUUCUGGAGACGGCGAACGCGAAGGUGAGUGAUGAUGGUGAUUGUCAUGCUGAUUGUCAUGCCGAUCGUCAUCGGUAUGAAAUGGAGAAAGAUUGCGCGUUCGUCCUUGGUCUACUCGCUGUCAAGCAAGAGUAUCAACAACUCAUUGUUGAUGCUGGAGCCUUGCCCCAUCUUGUAGAAUUGUUAAAGAGACCCAAAAGCCCUAUCAUUUCUCAAGCUCUUUUUUCGGGUAUUCUUAGAAAAGCAGCUGACACAAUAACCAACCUUGCCCAUGAAAAUACCAGCAUCAAGACCCUUGUCAGGUUGGAAGGUGGUAUCCCUCCUCUUGUUGAAUUGCUUGAAUUCAAUGAUACCAAGGUACAGAGAGCAGCUGCAGGGGCAUUGCGAACUCUUGCAUUUCAAAAUGCUGAAAAUAAAAACCAGAUUAUUCAAUGGAAUGCGUUGCCCACUCUUGUACUGAUGCUUGGAUCAGAGGAUCCUACAAUACAUUAUGAGGCGGUUGGUGUGAUCGGAAAUUUGGUCCACUCUUCGCCGGAAAUUAAGAAAGAGGUUCUUCUAGCCGGGGCUUUACAGCCAGUUAUUUGCUUACUAAGUUCCUGCUGUUUGGAGAGCCAACGAGAAGCAGCUCUUUUAAUCGGUCAAUUUGCUACAACGGAUUCAGAUUGCAAGAUUCACAUUGCCCAAAGAGGGGCGAUAAAACCCUUAAUUGACAUGCUUGAGUCUUCAGAUUUACAGCUUAGGGAAAUGUCAACUUUUGCACUUGGGAGGUUGGCCCAGGACUCACACAAUCAAGCUGGUAUCGCUUACAAUGGAGGUAUAGAGCCUCUGCUCAAGCUUCUUGGCACAAAGAAUACUUCUGUCCAACACAAUGCAUCUUUUGCUCUUUAUGCUCUUGCGGAUAAUGAGGACAAUGUUGCCGUUAUUAUUAAGGCCGGCGGUUUUCAAAAACUGCAUGAGGGACAUUUCAAUGCUCAACCCACUCAAGAGUGUGUAACAAAGACAUUAAAAAGAUUGGAAGAGAAGAUGCAAGGGCGAGUACUGAAACACAUGCUAUAUCUUAUGCGCACUGGGGACAAGGGUGUUAAAAUACGAGUAGUUCUUGCUCUUGCACAUUUAUGUUCCCCUGAUGAUCGUAAAACUAUUUUCAUUGACAAUAAUGGAUUAGAAUUGCUGUUGGAGCUUCUUCAAUCUACAAACCAAAAGCAGAAGGGUGAAGCUUCAGCAGCCCUUCACGCAAUGGCUGCCAAAGGAAUGCGUGCCUCUAUUCUUGAUCCUGCUCCUACAUCACCAACUCCCCAGGUUUACAUGAGCGAGGAAUAUGUAAACAAUCCUAUACUUUCUGACGUCACAUUCAUAGUUGAAGGAAAAAGGUUUUAUGCUCAUAGGUCUUGUUUACUUUCUUCUGAUAUAUUUCAUGCAAUGUUCGAUGGAGGUUAUAGGGAAAAGGAAGCCAAAGAUAUAGAGAUUCCAAAUAUUAAAUGGAAUGUCUUUGAGUUGAUGAUGAGAUUUAUAUACACUGGAACAGUGGAUGUUGAUUUGGAUGUUGCUGUGGACCUCCUUAAAGCUGCAGAUCAAUAUCUUCUUGACGGUCUUAAGCGUAUUUGUGAAUAUACCAUUUCUAAGGGUAUUUCUGUGGAAAAUGUUUCACUAAUGUACGCGAUGUCAGAGACUUUCAAUGCUACAUCGUUAAGACAUUCAUGCAUACUCUUUGUUCUGAAUCAAUUUGAUAGCUUGUGUUCCAAACCAUGGUAUUCUCACUUUAUUCAUUGCAUUGUGCCAGACAUUCACAAAUUCUUCUCAACUUUACUUACCACUAAAUUUGGUCUUGUGGAUCCUUAGAUUUAUAAUCUUUACACUAGGAAGGAUGAAAAUGUACAAAGCUGUAGAUGUCGAAUUAAUUAGAAACAUAUUUGCAUGUCAUUUUUUGGUAAAACCUCAGAAUGUUUGGUUCUGCAUUGUCAUGUGCUGAAUGCACUGUGAACAAACUCUUCAAAGUGUAGCUUCUGUCCAAUUACACAGGGGCACUGUGAUUUUGUAGUUUUUUCAAACUUACAUUUGAUUGGUAGGGAAAGUCAUUAUAUUGUAGAAGAGUUACAAGAAUCCAAUACUGAACUUUAUGUUAUUUUGACAUUAAUCUUAGGAAUGCUGGUUUUGGUCAUAAAUUGUCGGUGGUUAUAAUCGAUGAUGAAAGUGCACUUUGUUUGCAGUAUUCUCUAUUCUCAUUGCUUAACAAUAGAGCUGUUGCUUCUGGGUUUUUUAUUUGCUA